GAGGAAGUGUUGUUGGAGACGAAAGGAAGCCGAUCCAAUUCCGCAGACUCGAUCGCUCGUCGAAGAAGAAGAAGAGAUGGCGGCGGCGGUGCAGGUCGCGUCAGCGCUCUCGGUGCCCCUCCUCUCGGCGCUCCUCGGCGGCGCCGUCGCGCUCGUUUUCCUCGCCGGCUACCUCCGCCGCAAGCGGGCCGACAUCGCGCACGUGCCACCCUCCGCCACCGCCGCCGCCGCCGACCUGCCCAAGCAGGUCCGCCUCUCCAACCAGCACAAGAAGGGCGGCCACGCCCGCCCCCACCACCACGCCGCCGCCGACAAGGAUGCUGCGAAGAAGCACCACCACUUCGACCUCAACACCUUGAGGGGGCACACUGACGGCGUCACUGCACUUGACUUCUCCAGCGACGGCAGCAACCUGGCCACCGUGUGCGCUGAUGGAGCUGUGAGAGUAUUCAGGAUCGAUGACGCGUCAAGCAAGAGCUUUAAGAUUCUGAGGAUCAACUUGCCUGCUGGGGCACAUCCUACAGCAAUCGCUUUCUCAGAAGGGUCGUCAUCUGUUGUUGUGGCGGCACAGGCGCUCUUAGGCUCGUCUCUCUAUAUGUAUGCGGAUGUUAGUGCUCCGCCAACUGCGGGAAACAAACAGCAGGGCAAGCUUUCUCCUCCUGAGAUCAAGUGGGAUCACAAAAAGAUUCAUGGCAAGGAAUCAGUGCUGAACCUUGCUGCAGCGCGCGCGACUCAUGGGACUGGUGAUGGGAGCACAAUAGUGAUUUCUUGCUCUGAAGCAACGGAUAUCAAAAUUUGGCAUGGAAAGAGCGGAAAGGAGUUGGGAACAGUUGACACUAAUCAGUUGAAAAACAAUAUGGCCGACAUAUCCCCAAAUGGCCGCUUCAUAGCUGCUGCAGCUUUCACUGCUGAUGUCAAGGUGUGGGAGAUUGUUUAUUUGAAGGAUAGUUCAGUUAAGGAGGUUAACAGAGUUAUGCAACUCAAGGGUCACAAGAGCGCUGUUACUAGCUUGUGUUUUGCUCCGGAUUCUGAGAAGAUUAUUACUGCAUCAAAAGAUGGAACCAUUCGAGUAUGGAAUAUCAAUGUAAGGUAUCACCUUGACGAAGAUCCAAAAACCUUGAGAGUUUUUCCAAUUCCGCUGCAUGAUUCAAAAGGUUCAGUUUGCCUGUACAAUCACAUGGGCAUCUCCCCAGAUGGGAAAGUUCUGGCUGUAACAAGUGGAUCAACGUUGCAAUGGCUAUGUGCAGAAACUGGUACAGUUUUAGAUACAGCUGAGAAAGCUCAUGAAGGUGAUAUAUCUGGCAUUGCCUGGGCUCCACAGACAAUUCCAAAUGGUGGCCCUCCUGCAUUUGUUUUAGCGAGCUGUGGGGAUGACAAAAAGGUGAAACUGUGGUUAGCUCCAGAGGUUAGUUCAACAUGAGUGGUUGAUCGGAUCACGGUCAUCCUCUACAAGACAGCUUACCACAGUGAACAAUAAGAAAGAUGGAGAGGUUCAAAUGUAGCCAAGUUUUAUACAUGCACAGAAUCUCAGUUUGGUUCCUUUGAGUUUGAGCCUAGUCUUAUCCUGCCUGACAAGAGUUGUCGAAAAUAGGGAGAGGGAGAAAGAGAUAGGGUGUGUUAUCAAGACUGGCAUCAAUCAUGGCACUAUAGUCUCUGUUGAAUCGGUUGCCUUUGGUAAAAAAAUCUUUAAGUUCUCUCUGGAGUGGUUUGUUCUCUUAACCAGAAAUGGUAUUGCAGUCAUGGAAUUCGUCUGACUAGGCUAUGCUGAGACGACAUAGUUUUUGUUGAUGCUAUGGUGCUUUUGAAAUGUUUGGUUUACGGAUUGCUUUUGACAUUUUGCUGGAUGACAUUGCUAGUUAUAUUGAGAAACAAGUGGGAAAAGGGAGAUUGAUUUAGAAAUGAA